AUGUGCGAAGUGUGCGAAAAUUCAACUGGAGCCAUUUGGUUCUGCAAUGUAUGCAUCAGUUCGUUCUGUGAAACAUGCUGGGCAGCACAGUUUGUGCACAGAAAGGCGCGAGGUGGUGCCCUCCAUGAGAAGACAAAUCCAGAUAUCGCCGAGAAGGUCAACAACGUUCUAUCGCCCCCAACAGAUGACCGGGUUCGUGAGCAACUAUACAAGGCUGACGAGGUCACCUCAUGGUUUGGGGUGGUACGUCCAGAGGAUAAUGCGCCACCUGUGUUCCAGGAUUAUGGCCGUUUUGAAGAACUAAUGGCGAAGACAGAUCCUGUCAGAAAGAAGCCCAGCUUUAUGGAACAGUGGGCAGAAGUGGGUCGCGACAGGAGGACUCCGAGUCUGGUGUCUUUUGUCGGGCAAACAGGAGCUGGUAAGAGCACAUUGGUGAAGCUUCUUAUCGACUUUGCCACUGAAGGAUCUCAGCAUUACUCGACACCAGUGGUCGGACCUCGUGGAGCAUAUCUCCCUUCUUCAGAGGAUGUACAUUUGUACUUGGACCCACGAACAACAGAAUCGCCUGGACCCAUGCUGUAUGCGGACUGCGAAGGUCUCGAAGGUGGUGAACGAGAACCCCUUGGAGCUAUGUUCAGGAGGAAACGGCGAACAGACAGUAGCAAAGAAGCCCAACAGGCCACAAAAGCUGGUAAAGUCAUCUUCGAAAGGGAGUUGGAGUGGGCAAGCGGACCGCGAGCAAGGAGUAGAGAGUUUGCUGUGACAAACCUGUACCCUCGACUGCUCUAUACAUUCUCGGACGUGAUAGUGUUUGUGCUUCGCAACCCGAGGGUCAUUGAGCAUGUUUUCGAAAGACUGGUGCAAUGGGCAGCAGCAGCCAUCGAGACAUCUUCAAACCAACCUGUGUUGCCCCAUGCUGUGAUAGCUCUGAAUGCGUCCGAAAACAACAUCGAUGCUAGCUUCUGGGAUGUCAAAACUAACACCGAGACUAUACUGAAAGACUUGGCACUAACUGUUAACCGAAAUGAAACUUUCAAAAAAUGGGCUCAAUUCUGGAGGGAGAGGGGCAAAUCCAUUGAUAGCUUGUUAGACCUGAUACUUUGUUACUACAGUUCCAUACAGAUCAUACGCUUGCCAGCCGAUGGGCGCCCGAAGCUGAUGGCAGAGCAAAUUGAACAGCUCUACAGCGGUACCUUGUCAGCUUGCAUUGCUGCUCGAAUGGCCAGGAAUCGAGUACGAAUGCUCUUGGACGUGGAGGACUUGCACUCCUAUCUGCAGGAGGCCUUCAAUCACUAUUCAGGCACCCUGGAAUCGCCUUUUGACUUCGUCCAAGCAUCCUUUCGAAAUUCUCCGAUCCCUCCCGACUUCGGUGGUAACAUUCUCAAGUUGGCCUUGAGCGUCAUGGGGAAUUACCCGAAGAUGGAUGCACGGCGGAUUUUCUCCGAACUCAGCUACAUGGUUGCUUCAUGCAUCAUGUUGGAUUCUGCAAGACAUAAAAACAAAGGCAUGUUAUCCUGGUCGGCCUCCCAGAUUCUGCCGAAGUACAUGAACCAUCUAGAUGAUGCACUUGAGAAUUUCUGCGAUCAACAUUGGCCAUGCGAGUUCGUGAACUCGAAAACCGGGGUCAGGUGCGUCAAUGUACGAUCUGGACAUACCAAAGGACACCAAUCAGAAGAUGGGAAAGUAUUUGCGGCCGGAGAUUAUGAAUCCAAGUUCUCGUGGAAGAGAAACAGUGCCGGGUUCCGCAACAAGGUCUACGCGUGUCUCGUUGAGUUACUCCAAGAGUUGAGCCAGCGUCUACAGGAUGGUCAAUCCGAGGAAGAGACUGCACCUCACAUCCACAAAACAUUGGUGCUGAACAAUUUCUUCAGGCGCUCAACGCCCGAUACUAUGCUUUCGCAGGACUACAGCCCCUUGACCAGCCAUACAGCUUGCUUUUGCUGCCUAUUCGGACAGGCCGAACACUUUCUUCCAUGCGGCCAUGUAUUGUGCACGGAGUGUCUGCGCUCGUACGGCCACCAAAUAAGCACGUAUGAGUUUGAUAUCCAUGGCUGCCCAAUCGAGGGAGCUAGAAACCGACGGGGUCCUUUGUGGACAGUUCAACUGCACCCCAAGUCAGCCGGGGUUCGCAUAUUGACACUCGACGGUGGCGGCAUCCGUGGCAUCGUUGAGCUGGAAGUGCUAAAACAUUUGGAAGAUGCACUUGGGGGAAUACCAAUACAGCGCUUCUUUGACCUGAUGGUGGGAACCAGCACUGGUGGCUUGGUGGCUCUCGGUCUUGGGGUAAUGCAUUGGGGAGUCGACAAAUGCAUCGAGAAGUUCGAAAGCCUCUGUGACGAAGCCUUUACUCGUCGCGUUGGCAGCAGUCUACCAGUAGUGGGCUCCUUCAUCGACUACUACCAUCACUCAAAGUAUCAAACAUCGACCAUAGAGAGCGCUUUGAAAAAGGCGUUCUCUGAGGACCUUCUUUUAUUUGGAGGUCGACGUCGGGCUGACUACGGAUCACCAAUUAAAGUCGCUGUUACAGCGACCUCACAAGCCGGAAACAAAACUUAUGUCCUUGGUAACUACAACUCGUCGCGAAGUGAUCAAAAGCCAAGUCACUAUCAUUUCCAGCGGCCUGAAGCCAUCGCCGCAGAACUGAAGAUUUGGGAGGCCGCUCGAGCGACAACGGCGGCGCCGCGGUAUUUCAAGCCUUUCCAUCAUGAGCCUGCCCUAAAGACUUACAUCGACGGCGCGAUUCUCCACAACAAUCCAGUUCGUGUGGCCGAUGCCGAGAGAAAGAGGCUAUGGCCAGAUUCAUCCAUCCCAGACCUCUUCCUCUCCAUUGGAACGGGAUACUCCGCUAGUUUGACUAGAAAUAUGUCAGAAAAUAAAGCCACUGUUGAAAGGGGCGUCUUCAACCAUGGACGGCAGCUGUAUAAAAUCCUGCGGAACAAUAUGGAGCAAACUUUGGAUUGCGAGAGAGCAUGGGAUGAUUAUUUUGCCAGCGUCGCCACCGCCAGUACGAAGCUCUUUUGUGCCUCAAGGUUUCUUCGCAUCAACCCCGACGUCGGAAGCAUACCCGCUCUGGACGAGAAAGACAAGAUGCACGAUUUGCGCAAGACGGUGCAAGCAAGUCUGCGCCGGAAUCUACGAAUAAAGGACAUAGCCAGGCAACUUAUCGCCUCUUCAUUUUACUUUGAGCUCUUGGACAUCUCGGAAUCCGAGGUGGAUGGCAGGUUUCUGGUCCAAGGUACGUUCUAUAUUGACCACGCAUCCCCGGAUGCGCACCUUCCAUGGGAUGAAAACUAA